AUCUCGCGUGGUACCGUCGCACCACUCUAUCUGAAACUACCUGGCAAAUCGGGAUCCAGGACCAAGGCUUGGGAGCUACCCCCCUGAGGAUAUCUUGGUCGCCUAACUAUAACGCUUCUAUUCGCUGUCGGAUGGGAGGCGCUUGUUGAGCGGAAGCUUGGCUGGGCGUAUGUGUGUGUUUUGUGCUAGCUGGAGGGACGCGGGUAGUCCGAAUUACCUAUCCUCGAAUCACGCUUUUGACAAAGCCUACUUAUAACCUCUUAGAUUUGAUUCUAUAUGUCAUAUUGUAGGUACCUAAGGUAGGCUUUUCUUCGGUGUGUACCGAGGCAGAGGUAAUUUAGAAUUUCUCCUUUAAUUUGUUUGCCCUACAAGAUGGCGGACGCAUCCAUCUCGUCUCCUACUUUUAUUUAACACCUGCCUUAGGUUAGGUGCCUAUAUCCAAGUAGGGAUAUUCAUCUUCUAUCGCCAUCUUAAGUCACUCAUUAUUCUUCAAUUCUUACUGAUAUAUUUUCAAUUUUUGAUCUCUGUGGAUCCAUAAAGUCCUUUAGGACAUUACAUACAUACCACUCACUCAUUUUCUUAGCUGGACUGAGUCACUACUUCUCUCAAAGUAUCGUCUUCGUCGUUUGAUAUUCGGGGUAUAUCUUAUCUUUUAUGCGAUCGCCAUCCGCCCGGAGCUGGUUGUAUAUUGUCUGCUUCUAUUUCUAACAAGCCAUCUUUCCUUGCCGGCAUUACUCUUCGAUAUGAAGUACUCUCCCUACUUUCUUGCGGCCGCAGCCGCUAUUCCUCUCACGGUGGUAGACGCACAUACCGUUUUUACAACUCUUUUCGUCAACGAUGUCUCACAAGGGGACGGCACUUGCGUCAGGAUGAAUAUGGAUCCCCAGCAUUGUACUGACCCCAUAGCUGGCUUGGAUAGCGAUGAUAUGGCUUGCGGUGUUGAUGGUGAGAAAGCUGUUGCUUUCACAUGCCCCGCACCGACAGGCGGGAAACUCACCUUCGAGUGGCGGACAUGGGCUGAUGCUGAGCAACCUGGAUCUAUAGAUAUUUCGCAUAAGGGGCCUUGUGCCGUAUAUGCUAAACAGGUGAAAGACAUGACAACGGACUCAGCUGCUGGUCCUGGUUGGAUUAAACUGUGGGAGGAAGGCUAUGAUGAGUCAAGCGGCAAGUGGUGCACAGAAAAAUUGAUCGAUAACAAUGGUCUGAUGUCCAUCGACAUUCCCGAGUCGCUUCCUAGUGGCUCGUGGCUAUUCAGGCCUGAACUCCUAGCCCUUCAUCAGGCAGAUAAGGGCGAUCCGCAGUUUUACACAGGAUGCGCACAGGUGUUUAUCAACAGUGGCAAUAAAGCAGCCCUAGAAGUGCCUGCGGAAUACAGCGUCAGUAUACCAGGUUACGUCGAAGCUGGUCAACCUGCGGUGACCUUCAACAUCUACCAGCCGCAAUUCCCGUACCCGAUGCCCGGACCCAAGGUCUAUAAGCCCACAGAGUCGAAAAGCGCGUCUACGUUUACCUUGGCCUCGACCUCAUCAAAGACCUCGAAACAGACCGAGGGCGAGAUCCCUUCGGACUAUCUCAUUAAGAACGCGAAUUGGGUAGGCGUGGAAGUAUCCUCGUACUCAACCGAGGACGGGUGCUGGAAAGCGUCCGAAGAGUGUUUCACUCAAGCUCAGAGCUGUUACGACUCGGCGCCCCCGACGGGGAGUGCCAACUGCCGAACUUGGGAGAGCAAAUGCGACGACAUCAGCGCUGCUUGUAGCGCAGGCGACUUCAAUGGCCCUCCGAAUAAGGAUCAGAAGCUCGAAGACGAAGAACCGGCGCCUCCCAAUGAUAUCCCGGAAGUCACAGAUGGCGAUAGCUCGAGGAAAAUGCGAGCACGCCGUGCUAGGGCAUUGAUUUCUAGGCUAUCUUGAAAAAGAAAAGAGGCCUGUUGGCUAGUAAUACUCACUCCGGACUUCUCCAGUCGAGAACCGCUGGCUGGGUUUCGAUGACAACAACAAUGUGGAUGUUUGUGGAGUGUCGUAAGGGGUUAGUUGGUUGGUCAGGGAGGGCUAAAUAAAAGAAUAAAAAUAUACGACGUAUAUAAAUAAGAGAUACCUAAGCAAGAAAAAAAAGAUUGUAUUUCUCUUGCUUCUGUUGCAAUAUGUGCAUGGACGGCGUAAACUCAUUCUCGAUGAUUGCGCUAUAUAAGAUAUUGC